UCGCGAGAAUUCCGCUACGCAGCAAUAGCGGGACUGUGAUUGCCGCUGACAGAACUCCAGGAAAACGGGCUGGAACAGGUUUGGUCCGAGAUCGGGCUACUGGGGUCCCUACGAGACACUUUUCCCUGGAGGGCGUGACAGCUGGGGUCAUGAAGCCACUCCGGGGGCCGGAUGGCCGCCAGAGACCUAGCUCCCGCCUCUUCCCCAGAUGCCGCGCCACUGCUCGGCCGCCGGCUGCUGCACACGGGAUACGCGCGAGACGCGCAACCGCUGCAUCUGUUUCCACAGACUUCCCAAGAAAGACAAUCCGAGGCGUAGCCUGUGGCUGGCCAACUGUCAGCGGCUGGACCCCAGCGGCCAGGGCCUGUGGGACCCUGCCUCUGAGUACAUCUACUUCUGCUCCAAACAUUUCGAGGAGAACUGCUUUGAGCUGGUGGGAAUCAGUGGCUAUCACAGGCUGAAGGAAGGGGCAGUUCCCACCAUAUUUGAGUCUUUCUCCAAAUUACGCCGGACAACCAAGACCAAGGGGUCCAGUUUUCUAAGCAGCCCCCAGAGUUACCUGAUUUGAGAAUGUUAGAAGUGGUAUGUGAUGGGUGCAGUAGUUCCUGCCUAUAAUCACUGCAGUUCAUUAGGCUAAGGCAGGAGGAGUCCAAGUUCGAAGCUAUUCUCAGCAAUUUAACAAGGCCCUAUAUUAUAAAAUAAAAAUGCAUUCAGUGUAAAAUAGAAUAUUCUUGAAUUGUUGGUGAGAAUAAAAUGAGCCCCAAGUAUCUUA